AUGUCGCUCCCCCGACUCCUCCGCGCCUCGAAAUCCUCCCCGCUGCCCUUCUCCCGCCCCUUCACCGCCAUGUCCACUCGCAGCCUCAGCCGCUUCAUUGUCAACCCCACCGAGCUCUCCACAGCGCUGCACAACCCCCCACGCAACUCCAAAAUCAUCCCGCUCUCCGCCGAAUGGUACCUACCCAACGAUUCACGCAAGGGCCGCGCCGAAUUCCUCAAGCUGCGGAUCCCCGGCGCGCGGUUCUUCGAUCUCGAUGCUGUCAAGGGCGACUCGCCAUAUCCGCACAUGCUCCCUGAUCCCCAGACCUUUGCCAACGCCAUGAGCGAGCUCGGGAUCACCAGGGAGGAUACGCUCGUCGUUUAUGAUUCCCCGCAUAUCGGUAUAUUCUCGGCUCCGCGCGUCGCGUGGACACUAAAGGUCUUCGGGCACCCCAGGGUGCAUCUGCUCAAUAACUUCAAGUUGUGGGCGGCCCAGGGACUGCCGACGGAGAGUGGGGAGGUGAAAGAGUGGGAGAAGACGGAGUACGCUGUGCCACAGAUGGAUUACAGUGUGGUUGUCGACUUUGAGGAGAUGGUGACGCAUGCGGAGAUGGGGACUAAGGAGGGGGUGGAGAUUAUCGAUGCAAGGCCGAACGGGCGGUUCCUUGGAAUCGAUCCGGAGCCGAGACCAGGGCUUUCAUCGGGGCAUGUUCCAGGCGCGGUCUCGAUUCCAUUCAGUGAGCUGGUGGAUCCUGUAACGAAAACCCUCAAGACUGCGGCAGAGCUGCACACUCUCUUCCUCGAGAAGGGAAUCGAUGCGUCGGCGAAGACCGACAAGAUCUUGAUGUGCGGGACGGGUGUCACUGCGGUUAUUGUGGAUGCUGCGUUGGAGCUGGCGGGUAUCGAGGGGAAAAGGAGGAUCUAUGAUGGAUCGUGGACUGAAUGGGCCCAGCGGGUUGACGAGAAGUCUGGCUUGAUCGUCAAGAAGCCGCAGUAA